AUGAACCUAAGAAUAGCCCUGCUCAUCGGGGCUCUUUCUCUGGUUACCGCACAGUUCUCAGGUAGCUGUCCCUCAUUUUUCUCUGACCCUCCCGACUGUGCCACCCGACAAUGUUUGAACGGAGGAUAUCUGGACGAAGCCAACAAAACAUGUAUCUGUCCAUCUGGGUACUUGGGAAUUCAUUGUGAAGCUGUGAAAACGUCGAUGCCUCCAGACAGUCAUUUCAAAGCGGGUGGUACUUCAUUCAACAUUAUGAAUGUUAAUUUGUAUACACAGUAUUGGGGUGUGCAAACUUAUGAAAAUAUUAGAAAGAGUGUUUCCAAUCAUUUUGCUGCUUUUCCAAGUGGGUAUGACAAGUACAACUUGGUGGAAACAACCGGAAAACCGGGACUAGACCGCAGUGACUUGCCAGACAAUUCCACUUAUAGUUUCCAAAAAGUUUCACCGUUUUUACUUUCCGAUCCCACCGACACUGGUCUUUACUGGUGUUACACUGUGCCUAUUUACAAAAAUCUUGUGAAGAUGAUCCGGGAUGCAAAUCUCAAAGACACAGUGAUCACAAUUCUGACACAACAUCCACCAGAGAGUGAUAUGCAGUACCAGGCGAGAGAGAUUGCAGUAGCAUUUGGAAUUCGUAUCAAUGUUCUUUGGACUAUUGACAACACAUUCAACAGAUGCAACGAUGCCCAAGUACAGGAUUUCAAGACUUUUGUAGAUGUUACCGGAGGACUCUUUGUUCAAUUGCAAUCGGAAACUCCUGACCAAUCAACCACUGAUUUGGUCUCCCAAGUACUGCUAACCCACUACAAGCCACAAUACGUCUCAAUUCAAUCAUUCAAAGAUUGUUCAACAGCUCAAUCGGUACCGGUUGUCAUCGACCCACAAGUCAAUGGACCGUACAACUUUGUGUUUUUGGGAUUAAACGCUAGCCCGGACAUCGACUCCUUCCGUAAUUGUCUUCUCCGUCCGCCUCUUCGCUCCUCUGAUAAAAAUCUGGCAAUCUUCCAAAGCCCAGAUCCAAUGUGUUCAAAUUUCACAAUCACAUCUAAUCCUGGACCUUGUACAGCUAUUGUCUUUACGAAUGCCAACACGACAACAGGUCCAUUAGACUUGGCCAUCUACAUCACCUACGUUGAAGAUCCAUCGAUUGAUGCCUCCCGGUAUGCGAUUGUCGAGGGAGUUCCAUUCUAUCCAGCUAUUCAUGUCGAAUCGAGUUCUGGUGCAUCUACCUUGAAUUCUAUCUCCGCCUCAUUCGAUUCUUCUUGGACUAAUGUUCCGACAAAGCGUGACCCGGCUGCAUUUGAAUGGAUUUCAAGUAAAACCAUAACCUGCGACGCCUCCCAAACCUAUUCCCUCUAUCUCAACAUCUCUGUGGACACUACUACUGUUCAACGCUCCGUCCGUGUUGCUUGUGUCCCGCCCCAAUCUAGCCCUAUCAGUCCAGGAGCCUCUACUCUUGCUUCAUCUACACCAACCGAUAUAAAAACUUCCACCGUAACUGUACCAAGUACUUCCUCUGACUCAUCGGGCUCUCCAUCUUCUACCGUGACUUCAGCGCAAUGUACCUACGACAAAAACUAUGCCACAUUCUUGUUUGCAUAUGCCUCCGAUUUCGAUCCGAACACAUAUGGACUUGUUGAACACACUAUUGGAAACAUGGUUACCAAUUACUUCCCGAACAAACAAAUUCUGGCGAACAAGUUGAUUGACAUGGCAACACCACAAGAUAUCAAAUACACUAAUCUUACAUUGAGCUUCACUACAAAUCUCAAUGGCGAUCAACCAAAUGCCACCAAGGCUGCAAGUCCCAUCGCGGGAUCUGAUGCUUUGGAUGCUAUAAGGAAAUUCUUAACGGACACGUCUCCUCACCGUUUGGAAGGUUCCACGAUCAUUAUAUUGGUGAACCGUUUGCCAAAGACUUCCGAUUCUGAUUUGUCUGAUAAAGAAUACGACCAAUUGACCAAUCUGAAUAUUAGGGUCUUCCCAAUUAUUACAUUGAACAGUCUCGUGGAGAAUCUAACAGGAAGAUCUGGUGCAGUAUUCAAUCGAAUUGCCGCACAAACCAAUGGACACUAUGUUGUAGCUAAUGACACAGUCGGAAGAGAUGUGAACUCGGAUUUCAAUAAGAUUGUUGCCAAAUUCAUGCAAACUUCUUACACUCAGAACUUGAUAUUCACUAGAAAUAUUGGAGUUGCGAGAGCUGCCAACACCAAUUUGGGAACUGUUCGAAUUCCAAAGUCACCGUCUGGUGCCCAGAACAUCAACGUUACAAUUACAGUUUCGCUGUCAGCAGUGGAUUCGCACCAACCGCAGCGACCAAAUCGACUGUUUUUAGGAAUCAAACCAAAUGGACCUGGUACUGAAACAAAGUCCAUUGAUUUCUUGUCAUUGGACAUUGAAUUUGCCAACUCAAACUACUACACUUAUACUGUUUCACUGGCUGCUGGUAUCGACAGGGAUCUGUUCUUGCAGUAUCUUCCGGGAGUCGAUCAGAACGAUUUGUUAAUUCGAAUGUGGGCUGAGGGAGACACUUAUCGUGAAGCUACCUACAUCCAGUAUGACGAAUCUGGAGUGCUACCAAACAUCUCCCCAAUCAAUGAGAACUUUGGAGCAGCUUUAAAAUUGAAAUUGGAAAAUAAAUGUUCUUCUGACAAAUCGGCUAGACUUCUGAUCACUGAUUGCAAUGGAGAUGUCAGUGCAAAAUAUGACUCUGAUCAGAAAUUCAAUUGGAACGACACGUCAUCCACAUUCUACCAAUUCAUUCCAUUCUUCUGCUCUUCUCAACCAACCACAGCCACGUGUAUUCAGGGAGCCGAGAGCAAGUAUGAUGCUCAAUUCGUGUCUGACACCUUCUCAAUCACUCAAUCAUUCCAAUGUCGUCCAGGUGAUGGACCCACUGACGAUUGCCAGAACAAGGAUGCGAAUGGAAACAAUCAAUGUUCUGGAUCAGCUCCGUUUAAGAGAGGACCAACUGGAAGUGUCUAUGAUUGCUCGAAUCAUGGAUAUCUUCGAUACAAUGAGAAUACAUCUAAGUUUAGGUGUGAAUGUGAAGUUAAUGUCUCCGGUGACUCUUGUGAAGUUUUUACGUGUAAUAACAAGAACAAUGACCCAUUGGCUACUGACAACUACUAUCACACUUAUACAGUAGUUGUUGGAUUGGAGAAUGUUAAUGGUCCCAUUGUUCAGGAAGACGCUCAAAUUUUGUUCGGUUUGAGUGAAACUGCACCAUUUCCAUCAGUUUGGAAAUACCAGCUGUUGACAAUAUGUGCUGAUGGAACAUUUGAUAUGGUGUACUCUGGAAGUGACUUGGUUCAAUUCAGAAAGAUGUUCGCAACCAAUAUAGCAUGCAAUGCAAGUCCGACAGAUGGAGCUCAUGAUCUGACAACAAUCUACAAAGAGUCCGUGAAGGGAAUUGGUAGAAAUGUUAAAGGAAUCAUAGUGUAUUUCUCGGAGGCGUCGAAUAUGAUUAAUGUGACUCUUGACGAUUUCAUUUUGGCUUCACAACCAUACCAACAACAAAUGUUCGUGUAUGCAGUUACUGAAACUUCUAUUGUCCCAUUGAGUAAUGACGUUGCUAUUGCUCAAGCUGCAAUGUCUACAGGUGGAUUCUUGAUUCAGUCGUAUAUCACUAAUACUGCAGAUGAGUUCAUCGACAAACAGUUUAUUCCCACUCUCUUAAAUUCAUCUUCCUCAAUCGCUUGGUAUUCUUCAACUCAGUUGGGAGGUUUUUCGUAUAAAACAGAAUCAUUAUCAUACUUGCUCACAUGGAAAAUUGGUCAAGAAUUUUUGAAUCAAAACUUCCCACCGGGUAAAUGUUCGAAUGGUGAUAAUACAUCCGGAACUUGCAAGCUCUCUGGAGAACAGACUCUGAACGGUGUGUCUGAUCAAGGUCCUUUCUAUGUGGCUGCUUACCUACUCAAUGAUGUCUUGUCUCCAAAAUCCCAAAUUAUCUCAACUCUUUCACAAGAUGCCUCGGAUGCUGUGUCUACAUCUACAUCAAAUUCUAGAACAAUGCUCACGAUCAACGUUCCAUCUACUUAUACUGUGGUGGCGAAUCAAGGAGAUAAUGGAAUCACAAGAAAUGCCCAAAGGAACAACUGUGCAUUCGAUUGGACCGCCUAUAGUGUGUUCUCUGAUCAGAAGUACAUGAAUGGAUUGAAUAUUGCAAAGGUUACAAUUCAAGGACCAACUGGAACACUGUAUACAAGAUUCUUCCCAUUCGGAACUUCCACUUUGCCAGUCUGCAAUAACGGUGGAACCCCAAUUCCAUCCAGUGGCUCCUGUUCAUGUCCUUCUGGAUUCCAAGGACCCGACUGCUCACUGGUUAACUGUUCGGAGCAGUCCACAUCGAAUGCCUGGUCGGAUGUCUGUGUUUGUGCUGAAAUUGAUGAUGUGGCAUGUGCCAGUAAAUACACUUCCAUGUUCUGA